CGCCAAUCGAGCUGAGAGCAACUGGCCAUGACGUCAAAAUAUACCAGAAUGAGAGAGCAAAGACGAAUUCAAUAAGAAAUAGAAGAAGAAUCGAACAGCUGGGGCGAAAUUGAAAGGUUUGUUUACAAAGUGCAUAAUAAAUCGCGGAUUUACGGAAUUAUUUAAUUUUAAAUGCGGCUCAUCUGGAUGAAAUGAAAAGGCUGUUAGAUGUAAUGCAGCAACGUGCUCCCGGUGUUGAACAUCAGUUCAAAGAAAAGUCAAAUGAGUUGGAAAUGGCGCAGCUUAUCAUACGCCAGUUGUCGGAUAAGGCCAAUGUAAACCAAGGCCGCAAUCGGAUAGAGACCUCGACGCAGACGCAAUUUAUGUACGAGCAACAGAUUAGAGACUUACAAGCUAUGGUGCAACAAUUGACGUAUGCCAAAGAAAGGAAUUUAUGAUGGUCACAAAUAUAUUGGCAAAAACAUAGCAAGUGCAUAUGCCAAGUUGGAAAAAUUGAC